AUGGCAAGCUCGAGAGUAUCCCCAACCGCAGCCGACUUGCGCGAGAAGCUGAUGCAUGCUUCACACAUUCUACAUCACCACGAUAUCCUUGAUGGAUUCGGCCACAUCUCAGUCCGCAACCCGGAGGACCCCAAGACAUGCUUCCUGACAGGCACGGCUGCCGCAUUGAUCUCCUCACCAGAGGUUUUCACAGAAUACCAGAUCAGUGAUGGCCAGCCUGUCAAAGAUGGCGUUUUCGUAUCCCCUUACUCGGAGCAUCACAUCCAUGCGGCGAUCCUGGCCAAAUUCCCACGUGUGCACAGUGUCGUGCAUAGCCAUGCUCUAGAUGUUCUCGCCUACACCGUGACAUCGGGAUCGGCAAACCAAGAUCAGACGGCGACAUCGACCUUGAGACCAAUCAUCCACAAGACCGGGUUCCUUGGGGAAUCCGUGCCAGUGUGGGAUAUUGCUAGUGCGUACACUUCUGAACACGAGCGACAGAAACGGCAUUUGCUGGUGAAUGACUACUAUCUCGGCGAGAGCCUGGCAGCGGCCGCGGCCAAGCCCUCCGGACAAUAUCCCUACCACAAAGUUGUCCUGCAACGUGGCCAUGGCUUUGUGGCUCUUGGUGACUCAAUUGAAGAAGCUGUUUAUAACGCCAUUUACACGGUCGAGAACGCUCGUGUGCAAGCUCAAGCCGAGCAGAGAAGCAAUGUUCACUCCCAUCAACCCAUCCAUUUUCUGAGCCCGGAGGAAAUUGAGGCCUGCGCAACAAUGGAUCGGGCCUGUAUCACGAAGGUGUGGCCAUUGUGGAUGGCUGAGAUCAGGCGGAAUCCGUUGUGGCAAUGA